AUGUCUCUAUCGGCCUCACAGAGCCUUAUCAGCAAGGCGGCGCCCAUUUCUCAAGGCGCAGAGGCUGCAAUAUACAAGGUGGCCCUCAGCUCCGACGCUACUCCAAUGUUGCUCAAAUACCGAUUCAAGAAGCAAUACAGACAUCCUUCGUUGGAUGCGAAUUUGACGCGGUCACGAGUAGCAGGAGAAGCGCGCACGAUGCUGAAAUGCCUACGAUCUGGGGUGAGCGUACCAGGAAUUCGGAUGGUGGAUGCUACCGAGGGCGUUCUUGGUAUUGAGUGGAUUGAUGGUCAGAGCGUUAGGAAGCUUCUACCUGGUGGUGCGGAGGAUGAUGACGAGGAUGAGGAUGACAGGCUAGCGAAUUCAGAUACCCCGGAAGAAUAUGGCGUCUCUGCUGAUGCAAUAAUGCAAUUCAUUGGCACAGAGAUUGCAAAGAUGCACCUCGCCGAUAUCAUCCAUGGCGAUCUUACAACAUCGAACAUGAUGCUCCGACAUCCUCGUCGUACGGGGUUGCCUGUGCAGAUGUUCCUCGUGGACUUUGGUCUCGCAUACCACUCCAGCCUCACUGAGGACAAAGCCGUCGACUUAUACGUUCUGGAGCGCGCCUUCUCUUCCACGCACCCAGAAUCUGAGCCCCUCUUUGCGUCAGUGUUACAAGCAUACGAAGUUGGAAUGGGCAAGGAGUGGUCUGCUAUCAAACGUCGGCUAGAUGAUGUUCGUCUUAGGGGCAGAAAGCGCAGCAUGGUGGGCUAACACAAGCCUCCAUAUCCAUCUGUUGUCCAUUUGUUAUGGGUAGAAGUGGGCAGACGACUUGGCGCGACGAAGGGCGAAUGAAAUCGGAUACUCAGGCAUGAUUUACGCUUGGAUAUCAAGCAAAUAUACUGUUCAUGUAGAAAGUAUAAUAAGCAUAGAAAGAUGAAACCCAUGUACAGUAGCACACACAUACGAACAGUACAUUGAUAAAAC